AUGAGUGCAGAAGUUCGACAAAAUGAUCUUUUGGCUUAUGAACGGCUUACUCGUGCCAGUAGGCCAGCAAUGACAUGGUCAAUGCAUGCAAUUGGUUUUCUUGAAUUUGGCAAUUUCGAAAAAGCUGAAGAACUAUUUCGACGUUCCUAUCAAACAUAUAUUCGACCACCAUUUAAUGUUUGUCCACUAUCUUUGUUUAUUCUUCUCUCCAAUCGAUUGAAUUGUAUAUUUGUAGCGGUUCUUUUUGGUUAUGGUGGCAUUCGUCUGAAGUUGAAUCAUCUCGAAGUGAUGCCACGAGGGCACUUACCCAAUCAAGCAACAAAACUCAUCUUUCAUGGUCUUAAAUAUUUGAGAGCAACACUGGAUCUGGCUAUAGAUGGUAACAUGUAUCAUCUCACUGUUCAAGAAUUCAACGGUAGUUAUUCUCUCGUAUAUGAACAUGGAAAAGAUCAAGGUUCACUCAAACUCAACGAUAGUCUAUCCUGUCCAAUUGACACUCGUCUCAUCAUUCAUCCAUCGACACCAAUCUGUCGUUGA